AUGACCACGGUGCGCCCGUUCGCGUGCGCGGACUUGUUCGCGUACAACGACGUCAACGUCGACGCGUUGACGGAGACGUACGGGCUGGCGUUUUACCUGCAGUACCUCGCGACGUGGCCCGAGUAUUUCAGCGCCGCGACGUCGACGUUCGGUGACGUGUGCGGGUACGUCAUGGGGAAGUGCGAGGGCGAGGGCGAGUUGUUUCACGGACACGUGUCCGCGGUGACGGUGGCGCCGGGAUACCGAAGACAAGGGCUGGCGAAGACGCUGAUGAGGGAGCUGGAGCUGGUGACGGAGACGGCGCACGACGCGUACUUUGUGGAUUUGUUCGUCAGGGUGUCCAACGCGCUGGCGAUAGGGAUGUAUGAAAAGUUUGGGUACACGGUGUACAGACGAGUGCUAGAUUAUUACAGCGGGGACGAGGACGCGUACGACAUGCGAAAGGCGAUGCGACGGGACGUCGCGAAGAAAUCCGUCGUUCCUUCUAAGAAGGAUUGGCAUCCUUGGGAGCUCGAAUGGACGUGA